AUGUCCUGUCCUUUACUCUUUGUUCAGACUUUAGAAGGACUAUAUUUCAAGACUGCCAUAUCAGGUGCUUCACCAGAUAAGGAAAAUGCAAUCCUAGUAAACGCACAAAGCCAGUCAAUUGAAUCUAUUCCAACCGAGGAAUUUCCGAUCCAGGCAAAUAUCACCAAGAUUGCAGCUUUGUUAGGUUUUAUUCAACUCAAAUUGAACAAAUAUGCUAUUAUUGCCAACACUGUGGAGGAGACUGGGAGAUUGAAUGGUGGCCAUAUCAUCUAUAAGGUGGCCCAGCAUUCUAUCAUCCCAAUCAAGUCUACUAACUGCCUAAUCGAUUCUGAUGAUGUGGAAUAUUUGAAACUUUUGGAGACUCAAAUGAAUAAUGCCACUUUAUAUUUCUCCUAUACUUAUGAUUUAACUAAUUCUUUACAAAGAAAUGAAAAUUUAGGAAACAUUACUUCAUAUCAUUGGAACAAUGUAGAUACUAGAUUCUUUUGGAAUUAUUAUAUCACUGAAGAUUUAAGAUCUGUUGCUCUGACAGAUAAAACGAUUGGUAGAUUCAUCCAACCUGUUAUCUAUGGGUAUGCUAAAGUUCUUGACACAAUUUUCAACAACACCCCAAUUGCUAUCGGUUUGAUUACAAGACGCAGUAGAUUCAGAGCAGGUACCAGAUAUUUCCGUCGUGGGGUAGACAACGGGGGUAAUGUUGGGAAUUAUAAUGAAAAUGAACAAAUCUUAAUUGUCCAAAACAAUAAAGAUUCCACUUGUGAUGUCUUUUCAUUUUUACAAACAAGAGGCUCUGUUCCAGUCUACUGGGCAGAGAUUAAUAAUUUAAAAUAUAAACCAAAUUUAGUUUUAGGUGAUAAUUCUUCUUUAGAAGCCACAAAGAAACAUUUUGAUCAACAAGUUGAAUUGUAUGGUGAUAAUUAUUUGGUCAAUUUGGUUAAUCAAAAGGGUCACGAGUUACCUGUUAAACAAGCAUAUGAAAAUGCUGUUAAUCGAUUAAAUAAUCCGAAAUUGCAUUACAUAUACUUCGAUUUCCAUCAUGAAUGUCGUAAAAUGCAAUGGCAUAGAGUCAAAUUAUUGCUCAACCAAUUAUCUGAAAUGGGUUUAUCAAACAAUGACUUCUUCCAUAAAAUUGUAGAUGCUGAUGGAACCACAACAAUCAAGGUUGUUAAUAAUCAAUUAUCUACAGUCAGGACCAAUUGUAUGGAUUGUUUAGAUAGAACUAACGUUGUUCAAUCUGUUUUGGCACAUUGGAUUUUACAAAGGGAAUUUGAAGUCUCUAAAGUGACUCCUGAGGGCUGCCUUUGGGAAUCUGACAAAGCAUUAUUAUCAAUGUUCCAGAAUCUUUGGGCUGAUAACGCAGAUGCUGUUAGUGUUUCAUAUUCAGGUACUGGUGCUUUAAAAACAGAUUUCACAAGAACAGGUAAGCGUACAUACAUGGGUGCAUUUAAUGAUUUUAUCAAUUCAGCAUCCAGAUAUUAUCAGAAUAAUUUGACAGAUGGGCCAAGACAGGAUUCCUAUGAUUUGUUCCUUGGUAAUUUUAAACCAUACGAACUUGCAAUGACGUCUCCAUUUACUGAUAAACGACCAUUCUUAACUCAAAUGCUACCAACCAUAUUGUAUGCAGCUCUUACAGUAUUGUUGGCCACAAUAUUUUUCCCAAAGAAUUAUUUCACUAGCAGAAAGAAUAUAUUAUUUUUCUUAGGUUCUUUAGUGGCGGUAAUCUUAUCAUUAAAGAAUAUCUUCCAAAACGGGAUGCAAUAUGUUAAUUGGCCAAAACUUGUUGAGGUUGGUUUCUUGGAAUCAAAUACCCCAUAUAAGAAUAAGGGUGAUAAAUCAAACAAUUUCAAGUUUGUUCCAAGUAGCAAGUACAUGAAGUCGGCUUCUUCCAAGAGAGAAUAA